CUAGGGUUCGUAAAUUUCUAAAUUUUUAAACCCAAAAUCGGUCUCUGCGUGGUUCAAUCCCUACUUCUAAUCAAUUGCACAGCCACUCAAGUUUAAAUUACAUGUUUGAUUUCUCCAUUUUCUAUUCCAAUUGCUGUCGCUCGUGAUGGGAAACAAGGCCACUGAAGAAAUCAUCUCCACUGUUCGGUCGAUCGUCGGCGGCGAAUUUACCGACAUGGACAUAAUUCGAGCCCUCCACUUGGCCAACAAUGACCCAACCGCCGCGAUUAAUAUCAUCUUCGACACGCCAAAGAGUUUCCGGAAGCCUGAUUUCCCCAAGAAGUCCGACAGCACUCUUAAUUCGGAGCCUCCGGUUGUUGUCGACUCUAUCGUAAAGCAGAAUGUUAGUCGGUUAGAUAAUUCUGAUUCUGCUUCGAGAUCGAACGUGAAUUUAAGUGGAAGCAACCAGUGUGGGGGGAAUGGUUAUACUGAUAGAGCAAAGUUAGAAGAAACGGGGAGUGAGUGGUGGUUUGUUGGAAGCGCUGAGGUCGCUGGGUUGUCCACUUGUAAAGGGAGGGCCUUGAAGCCUGGCGACGAGGUGAAUUUUACAUUCCCUGCUCAGAAAAAGUUGAUAGCGCCCUCACCUGGGAAGAUUGGGGGUGGGCGAGGCCGCCAGGUGGCGACGUGCUCUGAGAUUAUAAGGUUUUCUACCAGCGCUUGUGGAGAGAUUGGUCGUAUUCCAAAUGAAUGGGGCCGGUGUCUUUUACCUCUUGUAAGGGAUAAGAAGGUUUGCGUUAAGGGAUGUUGCAAGUCUGCUCCUCCUGUGCUGGGAAUCAUGGAUUCUGUUGUUUUGUCGAUUAGCAUUUACAUAAACAGUUCCAUGUUCCAAAAGAGCCAACAUAUGUCACUUAAGGCAGCCAGUAAUUCAGUCGAUGAAUCAAUUCUUCACCCCCUUCCGACUUUGUUUAAAUUGUUGGGACUUAUUCCUUUCAAGAAGGCAGAAUUUACUCCUGGAGAUCUGUAUACAAGGAAGAGGCCUUUCGAUUCUGAGGAAAGCUCUUUUUUGCCUCCGUUAAUCUCACAUAUAAAUAAAUUCAAGAGUGCAUCUUCUGGGAAUGAAAAUAAUGAUGAAAAUGAAGAAUCGGUUUCUGAGAAUGACCUUGACAAUAUUGUAGGUGUAACUGACAGCUCUGAAAUAGAGGAAAUGGAGCCUCCUAGUACUCUACUAUGUGAGCUUCGCCCUUACCAGAAGCAGGCUCUCAGUUGGAUGAUCCAACUUGAGAGGGGACACCGUGGGGAUGAGGCUGCAACAACUAUGCACCCAUGUUGGGAUGCUUAUCAACUUGGUGACAAGAGGGGUUUGGUCAUAUACAUUAAUGCCUUUUCAGGUGAUGCAACAGUUGAAUUCCCUAGCACGCUUCAAAUGGCUAGAGGAGGAAUUUUGGCAGAUUCUAUGGGACUUGGGAAAACUAUAAUGACUCUCUCUCUCCUUCUCACGAAUUCCGAAAGAGAUGGGUCGCUGAGUUGUUCAUCUACCAGUCAGUCUCCCAAUGACAAUUGUGAAGCAAACUUGAGUUCCGAUAAAUCACCAAUACCUCAGAAAAAAUCUUCAAAAUUUACUGGUUUUGAGAAGCUUAUGAAGAAAAGAGCCCCGCUUGUUGGUGGUGGCAAUCUCAUUAUAUGCCCAAUGACACUUAUUGGCCAGUGGAAGACAGAAAUUGAAACUCAUGCGCAGCCUGGGACUUUGUCACUAUACGUUCAUUAUGGGCAAAGUAGAUCAAAGGAUGCAAAAGUUCUUGCACAAAGUGAUGUUGUAUUAACUACAUACGGAGUACUGGCUUCUGAGUUUUCAGUAGAGGGUGCUGAAGAGAAUGGAGGAUUAUAUUCGGUUCGAUGGUUCAGAGUGGCGCUUGAUGAGGCACAUACUAUAAAAUCACCCAAAAGCCAAAUUUCAAUUGCUGCCGCUGCCCUUGCUGCCGAUCGUAGAUGGUGUCUAACUGGAACACCUAUCCAGAACAGCUUGGAGGAUGUCUAUAGUCUACUUCGAUUUUUGAAGAUUGAACCUUGGGGAAGCUGGGCUUGGUGGAAUAAGCUUGUGCAGAAACCUUUUGAGGAGGGUGAUGGGAGGGGAUUAAAGUUGGUUCAAUCUAUCCUAAAGUCAAUUAUGUUAAGAAGAACCAAGUCUAGCACAGAUAGAGAAGGCAGGCCAAUUUUAGUUUUGCCACCUGCGGAUAUUCAAGUAGUAUAUUGCAAUCUGACUGAAGCCGAAAAAGAUUUUUAUGAAGCAUUGUUUAAAAAAUCAAAGGUAAAGUUUAACCAAUUUGUGGAGCAAGGCCGGGUUCUUCACAACUAUGCUUCUAUACUGGAAUUGCUUUUACGUCUUCGUCAAUGCUGUGAUCAUCCAUUCCUUGUCAUGAGCCGAGGCGACACUCAAGAGUACUCUGAUUUGAAUAAACUGGCAAGGCGGUUCUUGAAGGAUGGGCAGGACAACGUGAAUGGACAAACUAAAGAUAUACCUUCACGUGCCUAUAUUCAGGAAGUUGUGGAGGAGUUACGCAAAGGGGAUGAAGGAGAAUGUCCUAUAUGUUUGGAAGCUUUUGAAGAUGCAGUAUUGACACCUUGUGCUCAUCGACUGUGCCGAGAGUGUCUAUUGUCAAGCUGGAGAGGCUCUAUGUCUGGCCUUUGUCCAGUGUGUAGGAAGACAGUUAGCAAGCAGGAGCUGAUUACUGCCCCAACUGAUAGUCGGUUCCAGGUUGAUGUUGAAAAAAACUGGGUGGAAUCUUCCAAAGUUUCUGCUCUUAUUGGUGAAUUAGGAAAUCUGGAAUCUGCAGGCUCAAAAAGCAUUGUCUUCAGUCAAUGGACUGCCUUUUUGGAUCUAUUGCAAAUUCCUCUUUCUCGGAGUAAUAUUACAUUCCUUCGACUAGAUGGAACCCUGAACCAACAACAGAGAGAAAAAGUAAUAAAACAGUUUUCUGAGGAUGAUAACAUUAAGGUGUUACUCAUGUCACUGAAGGCUGGUGGAGUCGGAAUUAAUCUCACUGCAGCAUCUAAUGCAUUUGUCAUGGAUCCAUGGUGGAAUCCAGCAGUUGAAGAACAAGCAGUAAUGCGGAUUCAUCGCAUUGGACAAAGUAAUAAAGUCGUAAUCAAACGAUUUAUUGUGAAGGAUACCGUUGAGGAGAGAAUGGAAGCAGUGCAGGCUAGGAAGCAGAGAAUGAUAUCUGGUGCUCUAACUGACCAAGAAGUGCGAACUGCACGAAUAGAGGAACUGAAAAUGCUCUUCACUUAAGACUAGCUUUUGAAUGAUGCAUCUAACAGUGUCAAUUUCCCAAGGAACCUCUCCUGCGGAUUCCCCAUUAUAUGACUGGAUUCUGGUUCGCUGAGGAAUAAUAUUACGAGCAAUAUCAUGUUCCCUCGAAGACCUUUGGGAUUCAUUGGAAGCUAGUGAGAAAUUGAAGCAUGUGGAAUAAUUGUUCCAAUCUUUGGUGGAGUUGUUACAAAAUGGCUUAUGCUCUCUGAAGAACAAUCAAACAAUCACUGCUUUCAGUGAGGAGCUCCAAAGGUGAAGAUUUGUCAUCAUAAAACAGGUGAAUAUUCAAUUAUUCAAUGGAACAGGAGAAAUAAAGUUAUGUUGUGAAGUAUUUACUUAUAACCUUCUUUCAUUGAUAGUUGUUAAGAAUAUUAGUAUUAUGUCCCACAUCGGUGAUGUGACAUAGCCUAGCUUAGUGUUUUGUACUAUAUAUAUGUGGCCUGUGUUGAGUAAUAAAAUACACCAAAUACACUACUA